CUAUCGUUGGUCUACUUACCUGUCGGGCGGCAGUCAGCGUCCCGUCCACAUCGAAGAGACACAGCGUCGUGGUGUCGACAGCUUCACUCAUCUUGUUCGUAAUAAAUGUGUUGGUAAAUGACGCCAGACGGUGUUGGAGGAUUAGUUAUUCGCCGUCAUGGGACACCGAGGACGGACAACUGAUAUGAGGCGGAAGAGACUAGUGGACGGACUGCAACGUCAUCUGUGCUUUGUGUAUACGGAACCGAAGGCGGGGAAAGGUAAACCAACUCAGAAGGAGAAGGUGUGUCAUCCCUAUAGCAGGAAAGCUGCUUACUUGGCCAGCCAGGAGAUACGUCUGGGAAAGAAGGAGAGACAAAAGAGUGAGAAGGCCACUCGUCUCAACAGCAUUGGUGAUAAGCUGCAGUGGUUUCAGAGCCAGCUGGACUCUGAGAAGACAGAGUUCACCAAACAGGACGCCUGUCACAUCAUAGAGAGGUACCUGCAGAGGUUUGACGGGGAGUUGGACCAGAUAGAGCUGGUGAACGGGAUCAAAGGUCGUCAGGGUCGUCUCCAUGGCAGCAGGGAGACCGUCAUCAAACAGACUGUAGAGAGAGAGACCGCUCUGUACCAUGGCAACGGCUUCGAGAUUCCAGACAUCAUCAACUCUAAACAUCUCAAGACCUUCAGGGAGUGGAGCGGCGAUCUAAAGAAGCUUCCCAACAUCAAGAUGAGGAAGUUCUCUUCCCGAGGGACGGACAGAACAGGAGGAGGAGAGGAGGAGGAGGGGACCGCCGGAGGAGAGGAGGAGGAGGAGACCGCUGCAGGAGAGGAGGAGGAGGAGACCGCUGCAGGAGAGGAGGAGGAGGAGACCGCCGGAGGAGAGGAGGAGGAGGCCUUAAUGAAAGAUUCAGACGCCCAGGAAGAUGCCCCAUAAUGCUUUGCAUGUUAGAACUCUGGGGAUGUCAGCCAUCCUACCUGACUGGGGUUAAGACAACCUGUGUGUGUGUGUGUGUGUGUGUGUGUGUGUCAAUACAGACAUCUAAUAAACCUAAAUACAGGCCGA